UUUAUUUCUCUCUCUCUCUCUUUCUUUCUCUCUCAUAAAUUUGUAUACACUCUUUUCUCUCUAAAAUAUAUUUCAAGUUUCAAACUUUAACACAAAAAGAAAAGCUCUGCCUUAUGAACUCUCUCUCUGGUCUCUUCAAAUUCAAUACAAAAUCAUAGAAGAAAUGAUUGGAUGCAAUUUAGUGAUAAAGAAAAAGAAGAAGAAAACAGAUUGGCUCAACACUCUAUUGAGACUAAAAUUCUUUGAUACAUGUGUUCAUCAUGAAGAAUACAGAAAAAAUGAGAAGAAUUUAUUCUGUAUAGACUGUAAUAUUGGGUUUUGCAGGCACUGUGUAACAUCUCAUUGUCUCCAUAGAAGGCUUCAGAUCUGCAAAUAUGUUUAUCAUAAUGUUGUUCGUCUUCAAGACAUUCAAAAACACCUUGAUUGUUCUAAAAUUCAGACAUAUAAAAUCAAUGGUGAAAAAGCUGUUCAUCUAAAUCCAAGGCCUCAAUCCAAAGAUGCUAAACCAUCAACUAAAUCUCUUUGUGCUGGUUCAUGUGAAGCUUGUAAUAGAUAUAUACAAGAUCCUCCUAAUAGAUUUUGCUCAAUUUCAUGUAAGAUCACAAUAGUUCCAUUGAAGCCUAAAGAGAGUAGCAAUUUCAUAACAUAUGAAGAUUUGUCAUGCAAAGAAAAAUCAAUUAACUCAGAAACAAUGUUGAGUGAAAUUGAAUCAUCUUUAUCAUUGGCUGAAUCAUCUGAAGAAAUUCAACCUUGUUGGGUUAAUUCAUCAUUGAAGCCAAGAAAAUUGCUGCACAAGAGGAAAGGCAUCCCAUUUAGAGCUCCUCUCUACUAAAAAAAAUUAAAAAUAAAACCAAAUAAUGAAACUUUUCCCAUCAUACUUUGAUUUGUCACCUUUUUUUUUUUAUUAUUAUUAUUAUAUUUUUUUUUUCACAUUAUUGGUUUACAUUUUGGUAUUUAAGAAAAAAAAAACCACAGUUAAAUUAUUAUUAUUAUUAUUAUUAUUAUUAUUAUUAUUAUUAUUAUCUAUUUAAUGAUGAAAAAAAAUCAAUCUCAAGGAGACCCCCAUUUUGGAAUUUAGUUGGGGUUAGUUGAGGACUUGAGAGAUAUUGUCUGAUGUGAGUUCUUUGAUGUUGUACAGCAUAAAAAAGAGGAAAUGGUAAUGGUGGAAGCAAGCUUUUUGGGUCCAUAAUAAUCAACCAAAUUAGCUUUAUAUAAUUAUUUGUUAAUUUUUAUUAAUAAUAAUUAUUGUUAUCUCUUGUGGGGUUCA